AUGAAGUUGCUCACCCUAGCCAACUUUUCUUUACUUCUCGUGGGCGCUGUCGCCGCCGAGCCUACUGUCUUUCUGAUCCGCCAUGGAGAAAAGCCAUCAAACGGUGACACUGGUCUUUCUGAACAAGGCGAGGAGCGCGCUCAGUGCUUAACUAGUGUCUUUGGUCCAAGCUCCGACUAUGAUAUUGGUUAUAUAUUGGCUGAGAAGCCUAAGUCUGAUGGAAAGCGCGACCGUCCUUAUCUUACUGUCUUACCCCUGGCCGACGAGCUUGGCCUCACCGUUGACACCUCAUGCUCCAAGACUGACACCAAGUGUGUGAAGAAGGCUGUCAAGGCCUACACCGGGGACGGCAACAUCCUGAUCUGCUGGGAGCAUGGUGAGCUGACCGACAUUGCUGAAGAAUUGGGUGAUAGUGAUGCUCCAGAGUACCCUGAUGAUGACUACGGUCUUAUUUGGACACUUCCCUACCCAUAUAGCAGCAUUACAUCCAUUACCGAUGAGAACUGUUCCGGUCUUGGUCAAUAA